CCUUCCUUCUUUUUCCCCCUCGCUCUCUUCUUUCUUAAUACAUUUAAAGGAACUUCUUGCAUGGCAUACCAUCAGCAAAUGCUUUUAACAACUCAUCUCCCCAUUUCCACUGUGAUAUCGUGAGCAGUGCCAUAGCUUCCUGGCAAAUUAGGUCUCUUCCCGCCCCGGAUCAACACAUUUGGGCAGCUUACUUUUACUGCCAGGCUCUGAAGGGAAUGAGAGUAGAUUUUAGGUUCUGAAAAGUGCCUUUUCUGAAAACUCUGCUGCUUGGAUUCUACUCUAGAGCUGUCUCUUUACCAACCCCUCUCCCUGCCACACCCUUUCCCGCUCCCUGCCUCCUACAAAACCUGGCGUGCUUGUAGUUCACUUGUCAGCAACUUGUCCAUUUAUUUUUUUUUCUGUGAUUCGCAGUUUUCUUAGUCAUUUUCUCGCCCCUCAAUUUUGCAGCAGAGCUGGUUUUCGGGUUGUAACAUCCUUCCCAGUCUCACUCUUUAGAGCUAAGAAAUAGGGAGAAAAACUUUUCUCUCCCUGAUCUGAGACCCUUGCACAAAUUGAAGGGCAGCAAGCAGCAUAUGCUUUUUAUAAGAAUAAUUGAAAACAUCAACUAGACAGCACAGAAUUCUUUUGAAAGCCUGCCAGUUUUUUGAGGCAAAUUCAGCAAAGGAACAAAAUAAACCAUUCAAUUUCUAUGAGCUUUACAGUUGCCUUCUUAGGAGUUGGUCUCUAAUUUGAUUUUUAGUUAUUCUGAUACAACUUUGAUUUUAUGAGUGACUUUUUGUUUGAUUAGAUCAGAUUUGACUUAAAUGGAAACCUAAGUGCUAACAAAUAGACAUUCUGCCAAAUCAACCUGGUGUCUCUUCACAUUUAGCCCUAAUUCAUUUUUAGUCCUUUAACAAUCCAUAGUAAUAUUCUCCUAAAGAGGGUGCACUUGAUAUAAUUUUGCUUUCAAUAUGACGGCUGUCAAUGUUGCCCUGAUUCGUGAUACCAAGUGGCUGACUUUAGAAGUCUGCAGAGAAUUUCAGAGAGGAACUUGCUCUCGACCUGAUGCAGAUUGCAAGUUUGCCCAUCCACCAAGAGUUUGCCAUGUGGAAAAUGGUCGUGUGGUAGCCUGUUUUGAUUCUCUAAAGGGUCGGUGUACUCGAGAGAACUGCAAGUACCUUCACCCUCCUCCACAUUUAAAAACGCAGCUGGAGAUUAAUGGACGUAACAAUCUGAUUCAACAGAAGACAGCAGCAGCCAUGUUCGCCCAGCAGAUGCAGCUUAUGCUCCAAAAUGCUCAAAUGUCAUCACUUACUUCUUUUCCUGUGAAUCCAUCCCUUGCGGCUAAUCCUGCCAUGGCUUUCAAUCCUUACGUACCUCAUCCCGGGAUGGGCCUGGUUCCUGCAGAACUUUUACCAAAUACGCCUGUUCUGAUUUCUGGGAAUCCACCUCUCGCAUUGCCAGGAGUUGCUGGUCCGAAACUGAUGCGUUCAGAUAAACUGGAGGUUUGCCGUGAAUUUCAGCGUGGAAAUUGUACCCGUGGGGAGAACGAUUGCCGCUAUGCUCACCCUACAGAUGUUUCCAUGAUCGAAGUGAGUGAUAAUACUGUGACAAUCUGCAUGGAUUACAUCAAAGGUCGAUGCUCCCGGGAGAAAUGCAAGUACUUUCAUCCUCCCGCACACUUGCAAGCCAAACUCAAGGCAGCUCAUCACCAGAUGAACCACUCGGCUGCCACAGCGAUGGUAAGAGCAGACCAGCACUUGCAGCCUCUCCAUUUUGGGGCCCUACAGCCUGGUGCACUUCAACUGAUACCAAAGAGAUCGGCCCUUGAAAAGCCCAACGGUGCCGCCCCGGUCUUUAAUCCAAAUGUUUUCCACUGCCAACAGGCUCUGGCUAACAUGCAACUCCCACAGCCAGCGUUCAUCCCGACAGUGCCUAUGAUGCACGGUGCUACACCUACCACUGUGUCUGCAGCAACAACACCUGCCACCAGCGUUCCCUUCGCUGCAACAACUACAGGCAAUCAGAUACCCCAAUUAUCAAUAGAUGAACUGAAUAGCAGCAUGUUUGUUUCACAGAUGUAGAAGUUACCAGUAGAACAUCGAAAUUCUGAACAGCAGAGUUACGGAGUACCGGAAUCUCUCCAUGAGAACCUCCAUAUGGCCUUUCUAUAUGUAUUCUCAAAUGUCCUCUUCUACCAACACAACAAUAAGCAUGGUGCAGUCAAUAUAUUAACAAAGCAAAGGUACCAGCUAACAAAUUUGAAUAAAAAAUGAAACAUGAAAAAUCAGCAGAGAUGGUAAAACAAGACACAAAUAGAAAACUAGUAACUACUACUCAUCUUGUUUGAAUUAUUGGGUAGAAUAAGACCAUAGAAUUUGUGAUUUUCCAAUAACCAGUAUACUAAAUUAAUUUCCACAGUGUACUGUUGGUUUACUCUACAUUCUUGGUGGAUAAAUGUUUAUCUGUUUUUGAAGUGUUACCUUACUAUUGUGUUUACAGGAUAGUCUAUUGGGUUGAUUUAGAAUGUAACAAAUAUGUCCAGUACCAAUUUCCACAUCAUUGUGUUGUACUGGGUUGGGUUGGAAUUAGUCCUUACAUACUAUAGUGUUUUGCUGUUUAUGUGUGGUGUUUGAUAAAAAUUAAAAUGUUACUAGUGGGGAACAGAAGUUUAUGUGCUUGAAAACAUGACAGGUUCAUGUUUAUAUGCUCUCUUUAGAAUCUUUCUGUAGGUUUCUAGAGGCAGACAUUUAAAAGGCCUCACUUUUGAGUGUGCACAAAAUUUGUUCAUAAACAUGCAUGUAUAUAAUUUGUACCUGUAGCUCUGACCCUGCAUAAUUCAGUAAGCUUACUAGAUUUUUUUGUGAGAAAUAAUUACCCACCCAAAGUAAGGAACUUCUUAAGACAUUAACUCCUAAUACACUCCUCUUAAAUAGCCUAAAAAAAGAAUAAUUUUGCCUUUUAAUGAAGUUCUCAGCUUUUAUACUAAAAUUUAUAUAAAGCACGCAUUACAUUUUUUUGUGUCUCAAGAAAUCCUGUCUCCUAGGUUGAGUGUCUAAAAUUGAGCCAUUUGUCAUCUUCAGCUGAGAAACUGGUACUUGGGAGCUUAAAGGUAUGCUAAUUGCAGGGUAUAAAUCAAACAGAGAGAUGGGGGAGUGGAGAUAGUUUUUACAUACUGGCAGAAAGUGUGUAAAACCAUUGCAUUGUAACCUUUUACACAAGUGCCAUUUCCAAAUGCAAAUGGCUCGUGCUCUUUAGACUACUCUGAAUAAUAAGUAAGAGGCAAUCUAGCAAAAGUCAGUCAGGGUGAAAGAGAAUUGGUUCCAAAUGAAGCCUUUCCUCCCCAAAUGGACAAUCUUUUCUAUUGAUCACAGAGGGAGCCUGAGUACAGGUUCGGAGAAAUGGUAGAGAUGGGGACAGGGAGACAUUUAAAAUUACUCUUUGAUUUAUGCAAAACAACUAGGAAAGAUGUCCACAAUUGUCUUUAGCUAAAGUUUCACUGAAUUUCCAAUUCUGUUAAACAUUUAUUGUGAAGGAGCCAGUGCCUGUGAUACAUGGCAAGUUUUUCCCUGCCUAGACUUCAACAUCAGAGUCCUGUGCAUCAUACCCAAGCUUUCUUAUUGUUUGGAAUCAUUAGCCUUUAUGUAUGUUUCACAAUUAUAAUACAGGUGUUAGCACACUUUGGUUAGUGUAGAGAGGCUAUAUUCCAUAGAAAUGAACUGAAUUCUCAUUACUAAUACUUAUGAAAUAGUUGCACACAGUAAAAAUAGCAAUUAAUCCAUUCCUGUGCUACAUAGCAUACCUCCUCCACUCUAUGGAGUUAUUAACAUUAUUAUACAGUGGUAGAAACAUAUGAUAUUUUACACAACUUAGAUUUAAUAUUUUCUACUAAAUAUAUAUUCUCCCAUGGGAAAGUAUAAAACCAUAAAAUAUAUAUGUUGUUUUUCUCCUUUAUGAAAAUGACAAUCAAAGAAAGUCUGAUUUAGGAUACCUUAAGCCAGCUGGUGGGUUUGAAUUGCAGAACAAUGGAUAUGGUGAAGACUUUUCGCAGUCUUAUUUUCUAAGACCCAGAGCACGUGAUUGCUCAAGGGUGCCCAGCCAACUGUAGGACUCAGAACUCCCAAUUAUCCCUUCUCCUCACAUUUUGCUUCAGAACAUUUCAGACUCCAUGGACAAAGCAUGAGCAAAGCACUUUGACUCAGAAUAUAAGAUAAUUAAAUUAUCCCUGGUAGUUUGUAUCCUACUGAUCUUAACUAUCAAUCCAAAUCCUGGUCAACAGUGAUUUCUAGACAGUCUCGCUUGUAUUGAGCCACUGUUAUCUGUUGACAGUGUUGCCUGGAGCAAGAGAUCAAGAGUUGUCCUAACUUUUCCCGGUUUACUCUUUGAACCACUUAAAUUUGUUUCCUAAAAUCUUAACACUGCUAGAAAAGAAAAUAGAGUAUGUCUUUUUGAAAUGUCUUUUGUAAGCAACUGAAUUUUGUAUAAUCUGUGCCGGUGCCUCUCCAGAAGGGCAGAUCUGAUCACAUAAAUCCAGGAAGGAAGCACCUGAGCUGGUCAAUGGAGAUGGGAAUUUUUGUGCAAAAUGAACUUUUCUGUAGUUUGACAUUUUGAUGCAACAUACUAUCUCAUUGAACUUUUUAAACUUGUGGCAUAGAUGUACAUAGAUAACAAACCUAGAGUACAGUUGUUUUCAUAUUGCUUUAAGCACUGGAAGACAUUAAAAAUGACUUAUUUGUAGGAAGAAAUUCAAUAGGGGAUAUCCAUGGUAGUUGUAUUUUGGAGCCACAAGUUUCUAUAUUGAUGACAUUUUUAAAGUUGCUAUGUAAAUGAGUUUAAAGAAAGAAAGCUCAAAGUCCUAAAGUUUUCAUCAAAUUCAACAGAGUUUUGAGAGAUGCAAUUUUAAGAUAGUACUCUUUAAGCUAGUUGUGCAAUGACUUAUUAAAAUUAUCUCUUUUCAAGAGAAAAUAAGACCAAUAAGUCAUUAGACUUUAAAUUUCCAGUUAAAAAGACAAGUCACGAAAUCAGUGACUCUAAGCACAAAUUUACUGGAUGAAUUGUAUAUAUGAAAUUCUAACCAUUUGUGAUUCUUAGUUAACAGUUUAUAAUCUUUGUGUUUUACAAGGGCCUCUAUUGUUAUUUAUCUCAAAUUAUUGUUUGUCCAUUUUUCUCAGCCUUUUGCGAAACUAUGCAAGAGUGCUGAAACUUGGCUGAAACGGGUCAUAUAUACAGAAAAAAUAAUCUAAAAAUAUCUUUUAAGAGGGUUUUAGUAGUUUCAAUUUUUGCAAAAAGCACUAUGUGACCAUAGCAUAAAUAUAUUUUAAAGAGGGAUUAAGAUUAAAUUUAAAAAUGGAUUCAUAAAAUUGCUAUUUAAAUACAGUAUUUACUUUUGCAAUAGGAGCAUGAUUCCACCACCAGCUGUUGCAUUUCAUUUCACUUUUCUAGAUUAGUCUUUACUUUGUAGUUAAUCAUGAAAGCCAUCUUCUCCCUACUCCAUCCGUUUCUGAACAUGCUAAAGCACUUUGAUCUUGCCAUAAGUGUUGUCCUACAGCACUGGCUGUGUUCCCUAAUGGGAGCCCUCAGCUCACCUGCUCUCCAGCUUGGGAGAAUGCCAGGACCUCCUCCCUGCCAUCAGCAGGAACCAAUCAAAAUUAGCCUUUACAGUCUGAAUCACUUAUAAAUGGCAUGACCAGUAAGCAUAGUGCUGAUGUCUGAAUAAGGAACCAGAUUUACAUUGCAUUUAAUGAAAUAAGAGAGAAGGCUCAUGUGCUACUUGGAAUGUUAUUUGGUUCUUUUUCCAAAACCCUCUUUAGAGAGUGUCAACGAGGAUGCUCUCAGGUAAAGCGCAACCACAAGUUUUCUGAGUUCUUGUAGUCUGUAGAGUAGGCUGUGGCACUCAGAAUGGUUAGAAACUGGAGUCUUCAUUCUUUUUCUCACUCAUACAUUUCACAUACAUUAAAAUAGAACUAAGUAAAAUUUAUGAGGGAAAUUUGAUUUCCCAAUUUUGAUUAAUAGAUUCAGUAAGAUAGUGGCCUAGUUUUACCAGUGCCUGUUGAAGGCAAUAGAAGAAAUAGCAUUUAAAAAUAUAACUUUUUUUUGAAAACUUAGUUGCUAGUCUAAUCAAACUGUAAAUAUAACUACAAAUAUAGGUUCUAAGCACCAACUCGUUAAUUGGUGCCAUGUUUUCAUUUUUUUAUUGUUAGUUUUUAAGGUUCAUAUUUUUUACUUUUUAUAUCUCUAAGUAACUAAUGGAUUUAAUGUUGAAGGACAGUUAGGGAAAGUUUUAAGUUUUUACUACAUAUAGUCAUCCAAUCUAGAUAGGUUCUAAACUGACAUUGAAGCAUGGCAAAAUGUAGAUCACAGUCCAUAACAACUCUCUACAAUUCACAGUUUAAGAACAAAUUUACCUUUAUACAAAAAUAAUAAUUGUUAACUAAUUAUAUUUAGUUGUUGCUUUGGCAACAAAACUACAACAUGGCUACCUUUAGACAUUGUGUGUGUGUGUGUGUGUGUGUGUGUGUGUGUGUGAAAUUUUUAUUUGUAAACUAUACAUGGUUUGUGACAGUAUAAGCAUGUCAAAGAUACAGUUCAAAACUCAGAAAACAGAUAUGGUUGAUUUUUUUUUUUAAAUCCCUAAGUCUUAUGUGAAAGCCGAAUUUGUUUCCUUGUGUGACUUUUUGGUCAAAAAGUUUACAACACAUGGAUUUUAGAGUCAGGUUUUAUAGUUCAUAGAAUUUGUUGUGUGGAUUGGGUUAUUCCUCAGUAUUUUGACAGCAGAACAUAAACUUUGCAUAUAUGAAAUGUUACCUGACCCCUUCUUAUAACUAAAAUUAUCCUAUUCAUGUAACAUAUCUGUUUUCUGCAAUUAUGUACACAAUUACAUGAGGAUUAGAGGAUGACUAAAACAUAUUUUGAAACCAAUUCAUAUUUGAAAAACCAUACAUAAAGAUACUGUGGAAUGACCCCUUGACAGUGUUUAAGAGACAUAUGCUGCCGUUACCUGAUUGUCUCAGUUAGGGUGCGGAUGUGUGAGACACACCUUUUUUGCACUUAUGUACAUAGUCCAUGAAAGCAAUCCUUGGAACUUUUUUUUUUAACGUAAGAAGUCUGUGAUGAUAGUGGAAACAUUAGUAAGAAAGAGGUAUUUCUAAGGCCUUGAGAAGGAGGGGUUUUGCUUUGCUGUUGUGGAUGCUUUUCUAGUUUGCUGCAGCUCACCAUAAGAGAAGGCUGGUAACAGGGAAAGGUCAACUUGAACUAAGAGCACUAAACAAGAGCAGAAGUCUUUCUUUCAGCAAGACCACUAGCAAAGAUUGUUUGCUUUGUGAAUUAACCCCCACUAUAAACACACACACACACAUACACACACACACACACAUGCACACGCACAUACACCCCAAGUGGGUUUCUACUAGAAGUUUACUUUUUUUAAUGAUUUCAAGCAGUUAGAUAUGCUGUAAGUUGCAAAAUAGUUAUUCUCAUUGUGGUCAAAUCAGAUUUCAUGUUUCCCAGAAAAUUAUUGGUAUAUACAUCAGUUAAUAUGUAUGUCAUCUAAUAUGUAUUUAAGUAAUAGUCAGAUUGCUAUUGUUGACCUCUCUCUUCCUCCUUUAAGAUUCAGGCCCCCAAACAAAUGGGCAGUCAAGAGAUGUAACUUAACAAUUAAGUAUGACCAGUAUAGGGCAGGUCAUCCCCUUCAACAGAGGAAAACAUGCUCCUGGCACAACUUUGGAAAUAACUUGAUUUACAUUAUGCCUGCUCGGUGGAAGCUGUUUUCUGACCUGCCUUUACCAGAUUACAGAGUACUUUGAUGUGCCACUUGAGCCUCCCAAUGUUUUGUUUUAACUAAGAAGAGAACCAGCCAAAAUCUUACAUAACAUAGGAGCUGGAAGAGAAUGUUUCAAUCUGAUCAUUUCUGCCAGUUUUAGCUCCACACCAACUACAAAUAGACAUGGAACUUUCUUGUCCUGCCGAGGAAAUGAGACCUAGAAAAGGUUGAGAUUAGAAAGGUUAAGGGAUAGAUCACUCUAGGUCCUUUGAGUCCUUCACAAAUUGGAGCAUAUAGCUCUUGUUCUGGAGAAGAAGCACAUCCUGGGGUUAGGAGAGCUACUACUGGGGCAUGGCAGCCCUGUUUUCUAGUUCUCACUGAGAUAGAAAAAUAGGACUGAGAUGUAGCUCAGUGGUAGAGUGCUUGCCUAGUGUGUGCAAGGCUCUGGAUUCAAUCCCCAGCCCAAAAAUCAAAUGGAGACAGAAAAAUAAGCCAAAGUCAGAAAGCAAUCCAAGCCUUACAGUUGUUAAAUAGCUCAGGGUCAGCUGGUUAGAAUUUUUUUUUUUACUUCCUCAUCUCAUAAGCACUCACAGGUCAGCCAUAUAAUCAUACAACAAACAGCCUGACAAUCUAGCCAUCAUUUCCAUUGAUGUAAAAUGUCAGCAUUCAUUCAUUCUAUAGUUAGGAACUCAUCAACAUAAUUUCCCAAUGUAACCUGUGUCCUUGUUUUCACAUUUUCUUGUGAAUUUAUAAGCCACAAGAAUAUAUUUUCAUAAGGUCAAUAGAGAGAGAUGAGUUUUUCCAUGUUUUUUUUUUUUUUUUUUUGCCAUGCUGGGGAUUGAACCCAGGGCCUCAUGCAUGUUAGGCAAGUGUUCUACCACUGAGCUACAUCCCCAGCCUGAAAUAUGACAUUUUAAGUCAGAAAAAAUCAUCCAUAAAAUAGCAGAAAAGGCCCUAGAAGCAUGGAGGAAGAUAUUCAAUGAACUUACAACAUGGUGUGCCUGCUGACAGCAUCUGGGUCUCAUUCUUUGGAGCUUAAAUACAGUGGCUGUCUACAAGUAAAACAAAUUAGGGAACAAAGUAUAACAAAUGCAUAUGAGACCAAAAAAUCACCUCAUUAGGGUUCAGUUUGACUAAUUCAGUUUCCAGCCCCCUUUUUUUUGUCCUUGCCUGUAGGGGAAUUGCUCAUUAAUACUCAAUAGCUGAAUUAUUCCAGAGAAAAUUUAUUUUUAUAUAGAACCCAUCCUCAGUUAUGGUAUACCUAAAAGAAAAAAAAUAUCACUGUGAAAUAAGUUACCACUCUGCAGAUAUUGUAAAAAUCCUCACUAGUCAUCUUCUACAUAAAAAAUACCUCUGUAAAAAGACCGAAAAGUAACCCGACUAUGAGUAGGCAUUUUUUCUCCUAAACACAUAACCUGAAGAUUUAUCUAUCUUAGAACUGCAUGGUUCCAAAGCUUAUGUCUAUAUACAAAUGCUAUUUGUUAGUAAUGGAAACCAAAUUGUUUUAUUGUUGUCUUUUGUGUCUAGCAGUUGAGGGAAUGAUGUGAACAUCAUUGUCAUUAGAUUCUGAGGAUGAACUUUCCAAUAUAAGUUUCCUUUUAUUAUUAUCAUUGUUAAAAAUUAGUUCCCAUGCUCCCAAGUACACUCAUUUAAAAUUAAGAAUUUUUGUUUAUUAUUUUUGAGAUGGAGUAUGUCUGCAUUGCCCCAGGUUGGCCUCAAAUUCCUGGGUUCAAGCAGUCCUCCCACCUCAGCCUCUUCAGUAGAUGAGGCUUCGGUUGUGUGCAACUAUGACCAGAUAUAAAUUAAGAUCUUUUUUAAAAAGGAUACUCCUAAACGUACUCUUUUUUAAGGGUUAAUUUUAUGCAUUCAUAAAGCAAUCCAGAAUAUAGUCAAUGGAAGCAUGUAUUUGGGACAGAAAAAUGGCAAAAAAUACCUAUAUUAAGAAAACUAUUAACACUGUGCAACAACUAUAGAUUUAAAUAAUGAUCAGAAUAUUUUAUAAAUAAAAACCAUUCCUAUAAUGUUUUGUCUCUAAAUGUAAGAGCUCAUUCCCUCAACGGCAGAUGCUUUGACUUUUUUUUUUGCAAGUUAUAGUGCUGUAGUGCUUGUUUGUGUUUAGAAGUAUACAUUAUGCAACUCAUUUUAGUAUGCUACUUUUAUGUCAUUUUUUGUUCUUUUAAUAAAGUAUGUAAAUUCUUUG